AUGUUGCCGGCUUCUUCAAUAUCGACGCCAUCGAAUGCAACGGAUGACUGUUCGAUUUGUCUCAGUGCUCUCGCAGCGGGUUCGCCACUGUUAACGUUGACUUGCAAUCACAAAUUUCAUUUGCAAUGUCUGGUGUCAAAUAUUCAAGCACGAAACAAAGAAUGUCCUUUGUGUCGAGCUGCAAUUGAUGCAUCAAUUGUCGAACUAUUAGCGGGAUCCAGACAGCCGCCAAUUCAAUAUCAUGCGCCGCCUCCAAUUUCCUGGUUUCACAAUCAUACAGCUGCAGUCAAUGUCUUUGCUUCGGUCGAAGAUCCGAUUGACGAGACUGCUGUACGAGCUCUAUCCGAUUCUCUUGCUUCUGCUCGACAAACUGCUACUACUGCGGCAAAUGCUGCUAGCAAUCUUUCAUUGAUCACCGUUUCAACAACAUUGGAAUAUGGCGCUCAAAUAUCGCAGGAAGAAUCAAAUAUUUAUGGUCUUGUUACUCUUCAAGUACCUUCAGCUAUCGUGCCAUCUGAAAGCAAAUCCAUAGCAUUAUCUCGUGUUCCCAUUGACCUUGUUUGUGUCGUUGAUCAAAGUGGAUCAAUGUCAGGCAUGAAAAUGAGAUUAUUAAAGCAAACUUUAGUUUAUAUUGUUGAACAAUUGAAUGAUCUCGAUCGACUAGCUAUUAUUUCGUUCAACACACAAGCUUAUAAUCGUUCACACGGACUUAAACGAAUGAAUCAGCAAAAUCAACAAAUUUUAAUGAGAACGAUUAAUAAUGAUCUCUCUGGUGGAGGUGGUACGUAUAUAGGAUGCGGACUACAAAUGGGUAUCAAUCUAUUUAUUAGUCGCCAGACAAGAAAUCCAUUGGGUGCUUUGCUCUUACUAACUGAUGGGCAAGAUGAUAAAAAACAUGACUACUCACAAAUGAUGGGAACAUUACCCGAAGGUGUUCUGUGUCACACUUUUGGCUAUGGGCCUGAUCACACGGCAGCAUUGCUUGUGCAAUUGGCUGAGCAAGGCAACGGAGGCACAUUCACUUAUAUUGACCAACAACAAGCAGUUGGCCCUGCGUUUGCCAUGGCUCUAGGUGGUUUGUUUAGUUGUGUUGCACAGCAACUUCGUGUUAAUAUUGAAUUCAAUGAAGAAUAUAGAAUUACUCAUGUUCAUUCGAAAUAUCAACAUGAACCUAAAAACUUGCCUUCGAAGAAGGUUACGUUCAAAUUAAAUGAUCUGAAUUCCGAUGAAAAACGAAAUCUUGUUUUUCAAUUACAUGUACCCAAAGUGAACAACAAUCAAAAUAUCGAAAUGGCCAGUCGACAAAUCAUGUCACACGAUGAACAAGCACUCAACGAUCAGCACACUAUUGGUAAGGAUGAAUUUUUAUCCCUGAACAACUGA